AUGGAAAAUUGUCAAAUAGAGGAUAAUUCAAAAAGCAAUUACAAUUAGUUGAAUUACAAUCCUUUUAAUAAUCCUAAUAAUUUCCCUCCUUGUAUAUUCUAAUAAUCAAUUUUUAAUCUUAGAUCCAAAUUAGAUGAACAUGUUUCCAAAUCUUCAAAACUUUAUGAAUAAUAAUAUAGCUUCUCUUGGAAUGCCUCCUACAACAAUUCAAAUGAUUCCCCCAUUCACCAUAUAAAGGCUGCCAUCCCUCUUACAUACUACUAUACUUAAUAAAUCCUAAAAAGAAAAAUAACUUCAAUAAUAAAUUAAUGAUUUAGAAGAAUUAUUAUAAGAUUAAGAAGAGAAAUUUUAAGAACAAAUUAAAGGGUAUAAGAAGUCUUCUUAAUUAUCUUGUCAUUUAAAAUGUAUAAUUCAAGAUUUAGAGGAUGAUAUUUUUGAUUAAAAUAAAUUGAUCUAAACACUAUAAUCUGAUAAUGAAAAUAAAUAGCUUAGAAUUGAUAAAAUAACUAAAGAAAAAUCUUUUUUUGAAUCAUAAAUCAAUGAUUUGUAAGAGGAAGUUGGUUAGUUGAUGAGGCAGAAUUAGUAACUAAUUCGUAAAUCAGUAGCUGCUUCAUCAUUUGAUCAAUAAUUGAUAUAAGAAUAUGAUUAAUAAGUCAAGAAGAGUAAAGAAGAAGUGAAAAAAUUAAAAGAUGAUAAUAAUAAAUAAAAACUAUUAUUUGAAGAUCAAUUAGAGAGUGUUGAAAAAGAAUUAGAUAAAUAAAUUAAGCUAGCUGAUAAGGAACAUCAAUAUUUUAUGGAAGCAAGAGAUGAGAUUACAAAAUUAUAAAAAGUCAUCAAAUAAAAGGAAGAAAAAAUUAAAUAUUAGGAAUUCUAAUAAAUGAAUUUUGUCGAUACUUUAAGAUAAGCUAAUAAAUAAAAACAAUAAUUUGAAGAUCAAUUAUAGAGUGUUGAAAAAGAAUUAGAUAAAUAAAUUAACCAAGCUGAUAAGGAACAUCAAUAUUUUUUGGAAGCAAGAGAUGAGAUUACAAAAUUAUAAAAAGUCACCAAAUAUUAAGAAUUCUAAUCAAGAGAUGAGAUUACUAAAUUAUAAAAAGUCAUCAAAUAGUAAGAAUUCUAAUAAAUCAAUUUUGUCGAUACUUUAAGAUAAGUUAAUAUGGAUAAACAAAAAUUGGAGGAUAAGAUAAAAUACAAAGAUUUUGAGAUAAAUUCAAUGAAUGAUCAAAUUAAAUUAUUGUAAAAUUAAGUAAAUUUUCUUAAAGAUUUAAUUAAAGAUUCAUAAAAUGGAAAAUAAAUUAAACUUGAUUAAAAUAAUUAAUAUAAAUAAUUGGAAUAAUAAAUGUUAUGGCUAAAUGAAAAAAGAAAUGAGGAUAAAUAAAAAAUUGAAUUAGAAAUAUAAUAAAAUGAAUUGAUUAGAAAAGAAAAAUUAGUGAAAGAGAGAAAAAAAAUAGAAGAUAUGCAAAAAUAAGCGGAGAUUAAUAAAGUAAAUUUACUAACAACAAUUAAAUAGGAAAUUCAUAGAGAAAAUUAAGGUGCUAUUGAAGCUCUAUGUAAAUAGGGAAAUUUUUAUAAAUUUGAAGAAUAGCCAAAUGUUAAAACUGUUAAUACUAAGUUUGAAGUUUGGAGAGUAGAAAUAAAAGAUGAAGAGUUUAAUAAAAAUAUUGAAACUAUAGAAAGGAUUUAAUGUCCAUAAGAUUUUUCUAAGUUUAAAGAAGGAACUUGGAAUUGUUUAAGAACUGAAAUACCAUUUGCUUUUAGUAUGAUGAAAGAUAUAUUUUUAAUGAAAAAAUUAAAUGUAAAUUCUGAUGAAUUAUAUGUCAUAAAAACACCUAUUGGUAGUUAACCAUACAAAACUAUGAAUGAUGCUUUAAUGGAAUGUAAAUCACAUUUGAUUUGUCAGAAACUUAUGAAAAAAUUUAUUACUGAAUUAUAAGAAUAAGCUAUUGAAAAAAAAAAGAAUAUAAAAAUACCAUCUGUAAUAUAUAAUGAUCUAUUAAUACUUGAAGAAUCAUAAAGUAUUUAUAUUAUUUAUUUAUUUAUUUAUUUAGAUUCAUUUUGGAUUGCAGAAAGAUUUUUUAAGGGAGACUUUGUUAAAUAUAAUAAUAAUUAUGGUUAUAUAAAUGAAGAUUAUAAAAAAGAAUUAAAUAAGUUUGCAUAAUCAUUUACAUAUUAUACAUAUUUUAUCAGCAAUUUUAAUUACAUGGUUACUGAUAUACAAGGAGUGGGUAAUUAUUUUACUGAUCCAACUAUCAAUACACAUAAAGGUAUUAUAAAUAUAUUAAAAUUAUUAGGAGAUUUUGAUGAAACAGAUAUGGGAGAAGAGGGAUAAAUGAUGUAUUUGGUUAAUUAUGAUAAUAAAAAGGCAUUAUUAACAUAUGAUUAUCUAGAUUUAUUGGGAAUUUAUGAUUGA